UGCAUGAAAACGACAACAUAAUAAUAGUAGGAGUAUUAAAUUAUAACUGUUCGCAAAUAAAAUACAAAUGAAACUCUAAGACGUUACGUUAUUCGGUUUCGCAGAGAAGCAUAUUCCCGCCAAAAAGGCGAAUCCCACACCAUCAGCUUCGCGCCACGUGGCUCCCGGGCCCCACCCCCGGCCAUGAUAGUCCCUAGCCUCCGCCUUCUCCUUCUUCAUUUCUCUCAUUUUGUUUCUCUUUUUAACUUUUUUGGUUUCUUCUAAUCAUCGUAUUCAAAAUCCUCAACUAUUUCUCGCUAUCAAUUUGCUUUUUCACGAUCGAUUUGUGUUAGUUUCUCAUACUGUUAGAAAUUCUACUCAAUUACAAUCAGCAGAUUGAACGAUUCUGCAAAAUGGAGAAGCCAGAAAUGCUGCCUGAGACGCUUGCUUGGAGUCAAAAUCUCACAACCGCCUCCGCCGCCGCCGUCAAGACUGAAGGAUUCUGCAAAAUGGAGAAGCCAGAAAUGCUUCCUGAGACGCUUGAUUGGAGUCAAAAUCAAACCACCGCCGCCGCUGCUGUAAAGGAGGAGUUCGAUUAUAAGGAGCUGUGCGAAGUGAAGCGAUAUUACCCUCACGGUUACCAUGGCGUAGACAGGCGGGGACGGCCUGUCUACAUCGAGAGAUUGGGGAAGCUCGACGUGGAGGGGCUCAUGAAGGUCACCACACUCGAACGCUACGUCCUGUACCAAACGCAGCAGUAUGAGAAGACAAUCAAAGUCAGAUUCCCUGCCUGCUCUGCCGCUGCAAACAAACACAUCAAUAGGAGCAUCGCCAUCCUCGAUGUUCAAGCUGUGAGUUUCAAGAGUUUCACUAGUCCAGUGCAGAAGGUUCUUCUGCAGCUGCGCAAGGUCUUCAACGAUAACUAUCCUGAGACGCUUUCUGAAAUGGUGAUUGUGAAUGCCAGCCCUGGCUUUAAGUUGCUUUGGAACGUCAUCAAGUGCUUCCUUGACCCUCAUACAGUUUCCAAGAUUCAGGUUAUUGGCAGCAAGUAUCAGAGCAAAUUGCUUGAACUGGUUGAUAAAAACGAGCUGCCCGAUUUUCUUGGGGGGAGCUGUUGCUGUAGGAAUGAAGGAGGGUGUCUCAACUCAGACAGAGGUCCAUGGAAACACACAUCUGUGGCUUACACCGGAGAGUGAUUUAUAAGCUAUGUUUUGCUGGGCUAGGCUAUGGCUUGCUUGAUGAAAUAUAGUUGUUGUAAAUGUAUAUAACAAUAGUAUAUAAAGUAAAUUCCACCAAGGUCAAGGGGUCAUUGGUUUGGUUGAUCCUCACAACUGCAUUAACCUUGAGGAACAGCAUAUUAUAGAUUGAUCAUGUGUUGCCCUUCACUGACCUUUCUUGAUAUUAUGGUUAUCUGAUUGUUCUA